GGGAGGGGAGCCAUGACUGACUGUACUUCCUGUCUGCUGUGUUUCAGCUUCACUCAGAGACAACAUGGCUUCCAGGUUAGAGGAAGAUCUCUGCUGUCCGGUCUGUCAGGACGUCUUUAGAGAUCCUGUUGUUCUGUCCUGUAGCCACAGCUUCUGCAAAGCCUGUCUGCAGACCUGGUGGAGAGAGAGACCAUCACGAGAGUGUCCAGUCUGUAAGACAGAAUCUUCAGGAAGAAAUCCCCCUUGUAACUUGGUGUUGAAGAACCUGAGUGAGGCCUUCUUACUGGAGAGAGGUCAGAGACCUCCAGAGGCUCUCUGCAGUCUGCACUCUGAGAAACUCAGACUCUUCUGUCUGGACCAUCAGCAGCCAGUGUGUCUCGUCUGCAGAGAUUCAAGAACACACACCAACCACAGUUUCAUACCCAUCGAUGAAGCUGCUCAGGAUCUCAGAGAGGAGCUCCAGAAAGCUCUGCAGCCCUUUCAGGAGAAACUGAAGCUCUUUGAAGAAGUUAAAGUGGAUUUUGAUCUCACAGCAGGACACCUGAAGCUCCAGGCUCAACACAUAUGCGGCUUUCACACCGAGACGCAGAUUAAGGAGCAGUUUAAGAAGCUUCACCAGUUUCUAGAAGAGGAAGAGGAGGUCAGGAUGGCUGCACUGAGGGAGGAAGAGGAGCAGAAGAGGAGGAUGAUGGAGGAGAAGAUGGAGGCUGUGAGCAGAGAGAUAGCAGCUCUUUCACUCACAGUCAGAGCCACAGAGGAGGAGCUGAGAGCUGAAGACGUCUCCUUCCUGCUCAACUACAAGGCUGCAGUGGAGAGGCUGCAGCGCCCCCUGCUGGAGGAUCCACAGCUGCCCUCAGGAGCUCUGAUAGACCAGGCCAAACACCUGGGCAACCUCAGCUUCAACAUCUGGAGCAGGAUGAAGGACAUGGUGUCCUACUCUCCUCUCAUCCUGGACCCAAACACUGCUGAUCCAGAACUCUUCCUGUCUGCAGAUCUGACCAGUUUGAGAGGAGCAGGAGGGAGAAAGAAACUUCCUGAUAAUCCAGAGAGGUUUGAUAAUUACAUCUCUGUCCUGGGCUCUGAGGGCUUUAACUCAGGGACUCACAGCUGGGAGGUCCAGGUUACAAACAGAACAUGCUGGUUUCUGGGUGUGUUAGCAGAGUCUGUCCAGAGGAAGGGAGACAUACGGUCUGGAUUAUGGAUUAUUGGUUUACAUGGCGGUAAAUACGCAGCACGGUCACCAUCAGGUCCAGAAACUCUCAGCCUGAAGGAGCUCCAGAGGGUCAGAGUGGAUCUGGACUGGAACAGAGGAAAGUUGUCGUUCUCUGAUAUUGACACUAACACACACAUACACACCUUCACACACACUUUCACUGAGCGGAUGUUUCCAUACAUUACCACUGUGCACAACGUGAAGAUAAUUCCACAGAAGGUGUGUGUGACAGUGGAUCAGAGCAGGUUGAGGAUGAUUUGAGCUUUUUAAUGUUUUUUUGAUGUUCUUGCUAUUUAGUUUGACAUAUAUUUAGGUUAGAUUAAGAACUGUGAGAUGAUCGGACAAAGUAUUUCUGAU